CACCUCCUGUCUUGACAUCAACACUGCUGCCACCCACAACCCCAACCCUCUGGAAGAUCUGCCAUCUCAGUGCUGGGUGGGCUUUUUGCACUUCCCGGGACCUGGGUCCAGCCAUAGGAAGGGGCAGAGGCACUGAGGGAUUUGUAAACUUGUGAUCGAGAUCACCAGCAUUGAGCCGAGGGUUUCCUCUUCUCUAUUUGGUAUUUAUAGGUCUGAUUUCUCCUCCAAGGAUUACAACAAAAAUCCGGUGAGUGGAUUUGCAUCUCAUCAGUGUGUUUGGUCUUACUGAUUGGCCAUCAACGUGGAUUUUAAGUCUUAAUAUUACGUAAGUGGUGAUAAAGAAGAAGACUUGCAAUUGCCCCCAUUUACUGGUCUUUUGUGAAAAUAAAAGAAGGAUCUUGUCUUCAACAACUCAGUCAACCAUGUAUUUACUUAACUUCUAAUGCACUUUGAUGUAGCCAAAGAUACAAUUGCAGUUGGUGUAACUCCUUCUUUUCAUUAUAUUGUACAUCUCAAAAUGCUUGAAGGAAUGGUUGAAUGUGCUGACCAUCCCUCUUUGUGGGCGUUGCACUGAUUUUAUAUGGUGGUACUGAACCCUGAUAGGGGGUGGUAAUUCUGAACACUUGAGUCUCUGAGCUUAUAAUUAUUUAUAGAAAUUUAAAAAGCAUCCGGAAUCCUCGUAACUCCAGCAACUUCUCUAGAUCUCAACAAUAUUUUAGGAGAGUACAACAAAUACUCUUGAAAUUAAUUUUUGGUGGUGUGUGUUGUGUUUUUGAGGGUUGAGUCAAGCUUAUUUGAUAGGCGAAUGACGCCAUUACAAGUCGCUAAAAUGUCUUGGCUGGAGAUGGCUUUUAAAAAUAGCUGCAGUGUAUUGAAUUACAGUCAGUAGAUGUGAUGUGAUGUUGCCCCUUGACUAGGCCUUAAGGAAAAUGUUUAGUGCUGGGGGGUGCAGAGAUGCAUGUUAAAAAGACUAAAAAAAAGAAAACCUGUAUAAAAUAACACAUACUUCAUAAUGCAGGCAGAUAGACCCCACAGAUAAGAGCAUUUGAUUCUAAUUGCUUCAUUGCAAAGACACUGGGUGACAUUUCAGCAGAUGAAACAAACAUGCAUGUUCUCUUGCAGGCUGAAGGCCGGGGAAUAUGAUCAGAUCCUGUUUUAUGAUUCUGAGGCCUUGGAAUGCAUUGCAUAGGGUGCCAGGAUGCAUUGAUCACUGAUUUCAACCUGCACCUUACAAGCUUUCUGUUUAUGUUGACCCAAUCUGUGUGUCCCCAAACAAAACUGAAAAAACAUAUUGAGCUGUAUGUCUCCCUUGGGGCAGACAUCUGUUCCACCGUGGAAUGUGGGGAAUCUGAGGGCACUGACAUCCCCCUUGAACUUGAAAAAUGAGCAGGGCCUGUGCUGUUUGUCUGUCUGAUACAUUCAGACCUUCUGGAUUCACUUUCAAGAGUUGUUGAUGUCUGUAAGUGUUGAUGGUGAGGGGUAAUCUUUAGAGGUCAGUGAAGAGGUCUGAUGGUAUGGCAAAGUAGUAUUUUGAAGUCUGUUUAAACUAUGUGAUAUGUAGCUUAGUAAUGAAGUGCUGUAAUGUGUGCAUUUAAACCUGCGCUGAAAUUCUUCUGCUGGGCACAUUUAGAAGUAUACUGUCAGUAACAGCAAGCACAAUGACACUAGGACACUUAUUUAAAGUUGAAAGUUUCAUUUCUUAAUUUUUUUUGUUUGCUAUAAUUUUAUUUGCUAAUCAACUUCCUCUAAUGAAAGCAAUGCCAAUAAAAUAGAUGUUUGGUUUAACAAUUAAGUUUUCCUGGAAAAGCUUUUAUCAAUGCUGGACAUAUUCUGACAGUUUUAGUUUCAGCUUAAGAAUUUGUUUUCUAUGCUUUUAGCUUCAUCACUGUAACUACUCAAACUAUGUUCCUUUUUGAACCUUCAGUUAUGCCUCUGGGAAAACCUGCCCCCCUAAACAAGCGGAAAAAGCUCUCCAAGAUCAUAACUGACCUAUCACAUAUCACUCAGGAUGGUAAGGCUGGCAUGGAAUGAAAAUGAAACUUACUUUCCAUAUGCACAGUAUAGCUCUUGGGUGUAAACACAGAAUACAUAAAUAGAUAAAUGAUACUGUUGGUGGGCUUCUUAUCUUACAUGGCCCAGAAGGUUAGACUUGAAGCACAAAUGAAAAACAUAUGGAUUUAAUAACACAAAAUGAAAGACAGUCAAAACUGACUUAAAUUUCAUUCUGAGUCAUUACACACUGUUCUGCUUGAUAUCAUCAAUGUAGAUGUACAACUAAGUUUCCUAUGCAGUGUGGCGCUAGAUGUACCUUAUCAUGGAAAACUGUAAAUAUUGCAGAAAUCCUAUCAAAAGCAAAUUUUUAACCAUCUUUUAUCCAAAAGGAUUUGAUAAUAAUCAAAACAGUAUAACACAUCAUCAGACAAGUAGAUUACUGAGUGAUAUCUAUUUAAGUUUGUGUGAUUUUUUACGGGAUUUCUGUGAUUUUAUCUACUAAUUUGCCUUUAUUUAAAUGUAAAACACUUAAAUCAUAUAGGCUUCUUAAAAAUAUCACAUUUGUAUAUAUCUUUGUUUAAAUGUUUCUACCUAGAAUAUGAGUCAGAGCCAGAAGCAUCUGAAUUUGACCUGGGACAUAAGAUCAUGGUCCCCAAAGACAUCAUGCUUGAGGAACUUUCCCUGAUGAAGAACCGAGGCUCCAAGAUGUUCAAGAUGAGACAGCAGAGGGUGGAGAAAUUCAUCUGGGAGAACAACCCUGACAUCUUCAGCAGUGAGUCCAUGGUGAGAGAAAAGUUGAAAGAGGAGCUGUUAGGUGGAGCCAUUUGAUCGGUUACUUUCAGUCACAUGGACUAAUGGUGUUUUAACCUCCUUUGGUUUAUUAUUAACUCAAAAAAUAAUUUAGAUCUUUUUUUGUGUGUCUGUGACAAAAGACUUAAAAUUUCAUGACAUGUCUAGAAUUUUGAAAAUCUGCUUUCAGGACAACCUGCAGAAGUUUGUUCCAUCUCUUGGGGGUGAGAUGGGAGGACAAAUUGGAAGUCAGAUGAUAAAUCUUGGAGGGCAUUUUGUAAGCAAGCAACCUGGACAGGUGCACAUUGUUGGGGUGCAUGGCAUAGGAGGGGCCCCUAUACCUCCACCAAAGCCUGGAAGAAAAGGUGCAGGGGGUGCAGGAGGUGCAGGAGGUGCAGGAGGGCUCGGUGGUGGCGACCAAGGAAAAGGUGGACUAGGAGAAGGAGGAAUGGAGUCCUCACAGAAAGGUAGGAAUUUUGUUUGUAUUUUUAAGAAGAAAUUUGGUAUGGGGAUCAGUAAACACAAGAUUUCUACAUUGAAGAGUAUCUUGUGAAAAUGUUGUCUUUGGUGACUUCCAGUGAUUUAAUUUUCUACCUGGCUGUUUUAAGAUAAAAAUGUUCUUUGCGAUCCAGGGAGAUUGCUUUUGAGAGUGAUAACUGGUGCACCAAACACAUGUCACAGGUAAAAUGCGCUUGCAACAGAACAUAAGACAGUUAACUGCUUUUGAGAGAUGUGUGGUUUAAACAAAUAGUGAAACCUUUUUUGAGGACAUGCUCAUUUGCUUUCUUAAAGCAAGACUGAUGGACAGAUAAAAAAUGAACAAACAAAAAAAUACAGUAGAAGCCCAGAAAAAAAUGACUGCACCUACUAAGCUGUCAGAAAUUCAAGCCCUGUUUCUAUAUUAUUUCAAUUUUCUAAUCAAAUGAGAUAUAGCAAGUUUAUUUCUUAACUUUAAAGAUUAUGGUAGAGGUAUUGUUUUUUUUACUUCAGGCAGUUGCAGAUGAGUGUAGUACUCAUCCUUGCAACCAACUUGCAAUAGCAAUUAUAGAUGUUUUCCAAAAUAUACAUGAUUUUCAUCUAUAGUAAUAAAUCACAUGAGUAGAAGAUUCCCACUUGUUAGUCCAGAGAUUUUUUCAUAUAUUCUUGCUUUGAGAUCGAGACAAAUGCCUGCUCUUUUCACAGGAGGUGGAAAAGGUGAUGCAGGUAAGAAGCUGAUGGUUAUCAAGACAUACACUUCACCAUGGGAGAAGGCCAUGAAGGGUGAUGAAGGUCUGAUAGCAACUUUGAAAACUACAAUGCCUGGUCCCAUCGAGAAGAAAGACUUCCCCAAGUACAAGUGCUUCAACAGGUACUUCCUCAAGGUCUGACUAUGUAGAUACAGUGGGAGAAACAAAGUCUUUAAUGAUCAUCUCACCUUUCUUUGCAAGGUCUGCCAUGCCAUUUGGUGGUUUUGAAAAGGCCAACCAGUUCCUGAAAUUCCAGCUGCCAGAAACUGAAACAAAACAUGAGCCUGAACCUGCAGUGGUGUACCAACAGGAAAUCGGUUGCCGGCCUUCUUUCAACCGCACUCCAAUUGGCUGGGUGGGAAGCAGUGAGCCCAGCAGUAUCCAUAUGGAGACCGAUGCUGUGCCCUUUGAUGGAGAGACUGACGAGCUGUGAAAAUUAUUCUUACUGUGAUUACGUCGACUGCAUAAACAAAUCUGUACACAAAGGCCAUUAGGUUUAAUGUAUUCAUACACAUAAGCACGCACUCACACAAACACACACCCACACACACACACAGUGAGCCUACAACUGUAAAAGUGAUCAAUCAGAAUCUUGGUGUGCAUAACUGAAAGGCAUCCAUACAAUGUGGUUAUGUUUUUGUUUUGCUCUUUAUCUGUUUGUGAGGUAAAGAAUCAAGCUUUAGUUGUUAUGGGGGAUUAAACAUGAAACGUGUAUUUGAUAUGUUCUUCACUUAAGUCAAAGAAGUAGGUGAGAGUUGCAGGAUUAUACAGGAUGAAAGAAUGAAUCAUGUAUGGUGGACAUAUUUCUGCUAUCUUACUGUUUUGCACAAUGUCUUAAUGUCAACCUAUUAUUACAUUUCUUCUUUUCCAAAGCUUUUUUUGUUAAAGUUUGCUGAUUAUUUGUUAAGCGAUAAAAUCCCACAAAUACUCUUACUAAAGGAUGCAUGCAUAGUGCUGAUCCACAAACCUACUGUACCAACACAGUUUCUCCAUAAUAAACUCUUAACGCAACUUAAAA